CUCUGUAAUUGGAAAGCAUACAUGGUCAGCACCCAGCACGAUAACCAUAUCAAAUAGAAGCCGCCAAUUAUUUAUUUAAAGCGGCAACAUUUUCUACUGGUUACAGUGACAUGACAGGUGUUUACGCGCCAAACAACAAUGGUUGCGUGCAACGUUUAGUCCUUUAUUUUUACGUGCAUUUAUGAUAAUUUUGUAGUUCUUUACAAUAUUUAUUCGAGAUCGUGUUUUAUUAUAAAAUGUGCAUUUACAUUUCUAAGCCUAUAAAGGACAGUAGAACAGUGAAAUAGCGACGUGCUGCAAUUUAAUGGUGUGACUGCAAGUUUAAUUUAUAAUUCCUAGUGAUAUUAUAAGACUAUUCAUCCAAAUAAUGGCUGCAAUAACACCACGCCGUUCCACGCGUAUUCCCCACACGCAUACGCCGAAAAUGACGGAGAGGAAGAAAGGAUUGUUUCAAGGCAACUGCGAUCCGACUAGGGAUUCCUUGACCAAACACAGGCAUUUACCUGUAGUAAACAGUGAAAGUGAUAGUGAUGACUGCGAUCUGGGCAUCAUCAGCACUCUGGACUCCAGUUCUGGUGAAGAUAAUGACGUGGGCACCCCCAAGAAAAUCAACAGAAGCCUUUGGCCAGAAACUAGAGGUCAGCAGAAUAAGUUGCUGAAAGAGAGUCAAGAUUUGAAAAAUUUCAUUAAAUCUCCAUUUACAUUGAAAAAGUAUCAGACAAGGUAUUCCUGCCCUGAUGGAAAAUGUUCAGGAUCUGCUUCCACACCUGUUACUCCACAUUUCCACAACCACCCUGGUACACCAUCAUCCACACAUUCAUGUACAAGUGUCCACACUACAUCUUCCACUUCAAGUCGUGCAAGGAAGAGCCUUGCAAGCCUCAUUGCAGACACAGAGAGCUGCAGUAGCUCCUUAAAAGACCUUAACUUUGACACUGACUCUGGUGCUGAUUCAAAAGAGAACACCCCUUCAAAAGGUGUUCGUAGAUCUUUGAGGAAAUUGAAAACCCCUCAAUUUAACAGUUUUAAGGGAGUUCUUGUGGAACAACAGAAAAAUAUGUCCCCAAUGAAGACUGCUGUAGUCUGUCUGACUAAAAUGGAUAUGAGCACCCUCAUAUCUCCAACACAAAUGCUCAAAACUCCCCACAACACAAUUGAAUCCAACCACUCGCCACCAAAACUAGGACACAAUCGUCGAUCUGUUGUCGAAAUAGAGGAAAGUCCAGAAUCUGUUUGCAACAGUGAGAAGAGUCAGAAAAGACUUCGUAAUGACAGUAUGACUGAAACAGGCCCACAUUCAAAGUAUCCAAGGUUGGACAACACAGUUCCAAAGGCUCGCAUAUCACUAUUUAACAGUGAUAGACUGAAAGAAAUUCUCUCUGCCAAAUCAUUCUAUGGAAAGAGUAACCCAGAGCUCAAUACUAAUAUUAGUUCAAAGAUAUCUAAGGCUAUUGAAGUCACAAACACUUAUCAUCGCCGUCCAUUCCGCCAUUCCAAUUCACACAGACGUAAACGCAAUAUAGGUCAGAUCAACAUGGGUGUAAGACAUAAGAUUCGAAAGCCUAAGAUCCAUAAGGGCAAUGUGAUUCACAUGAAAAAUGGUUCCUCACAUAACAAUACUCUGAAUUCCUCUGCACUAAACAAUAGUACUAUGUCCAAUACUGGUGCCAAUGACACAACUGUGAAUAGUCAAAAUUCCACACAAGAAUUUGAUAAGCCAGAUCCAUUUGACAAUGAAAAUCAGACAAUAGCAGCACUCCUAAGUCAAUGGACUGAAGAAGAUAUCCCUGAAUCAGAACUUUCCAUCAGUAAACCUAAACCUAACUUGCCUUGCUUCAACAGCACAGUUAUAGAGGAGACCAAUCUUAUUUUCCAACCAGUGGUGGCAACACCGGUCCCCAUCCAAAACAUUCCACAAGACAAGGAGGCAGUUAUAAUAGAAUUGGGAUGUGGAAAUAGCGCACAGAUCAACGAAACUACAGUGCCUCAAGAAGUUGUGCAAGAUAUAGACAUGACAGAGCCUGAAAGUCAUAAAGAAAGCCACGGAGAAAUACCGAAGAGUGGUCAGUUUUUGCCAGUGGAAGGUGGCUACAUAUUCGUCGGUGAUAAUGGAGCACCAGUUUCAGGGCAAGAAGAGUUGCCUGAUUUGGAUGAGAUUGAACGGGAGCUGAGGAUGCUGGACGAACAGAUUCUCCAGAUGGCUCAGUCUAAUAACAUUAAUGCUGAAGCAGUCCUGGCUUCCACUGAGACUUUACCUGCUCCUCUUGCCACUGAUGUUCCAUCAACAUCUUCAGCUACGGAACAACCACAAAAAUUGUUCCCAAUAUUCAGCAACCCCAACACUGGCAGCACAACACCUACUUCGAAAGGAUCGUCGGAUAAGGCCAAAAAACCUUUGCUAAAGAAUGGAAGCGACCAAUAUGUCAUAGAUGCUGGACAGAAGAGGUUCGGAGCAACGCAAUGUACCGAAUGUGGAGCGAUAUAUCAGGUGGGAGAUCCGCAAGACGAACACGACCAUCUUGUUCAUCACAACGCCACCGAUGUGCUGAAAUUUAAUGGUUGGAAAGACGAAUUCGUAGUGGAAAGAUGGGGAUUUGGCCGUUGUCUUCGAAUACGAGGCGGAGAGAAUGGCUGGAAGAAGGUGGAAAGCUUACUCUCCCGAGUAAUUCACCCACACCUCGGAUACGGGGAGAAUCUGCCUUCUAAUAACUUGCGCGCUUACACUGCUUACCUGUACAUAGAGAAGAAGCAGAUAAUCGGUUGCCUGGUGGUGGAACCCAAAGUAAAGGCAUACAAACUGAUACCCGGUGACCCAGACUGCUGCAGCGUAGAAGAAUACCCCGUCAAAUGCGGCAUAUCCCGUCUAUGGGUGCACAUAAACCAUAGACGCAGGGGCAUAGCCGGCCGUCUGUUAGAUUGCGCACGAGCAUCUUUUCUCUAUGGAACAGCUCUAAAACUUACCGAUAUUGCAUUCAGUGCUCCAACUUUAAACGGUAAAGCUUUCGCAGCAAAAUACUGUGGCACAGAAAACUUCUACGUUUAUUUAGACUGAUAACUUUAAAAUGAUAUUUUUAUCGAUUCAGACAGGAAAAAAUAGGUACUGUAUUUGGAUUGAAACGAGGUAUAGAUUAAAACUAUAUUUUUAAACAUGAUUGUGAAUUUAUGAAUACAGAAUGAUUGUUUGUUUUGAGAAUUUAGUUUUAUUUUUUGUAUUUUGUGUAGCUUACAUUGAGAUGUGUAAGUUUUUUUAAAUAGGAAACAAUUUGAAAAUGUAAUAGGUACCAAUAUUUCUCGUAAUUUUCGAGAACUUAUGUUUUAUUUGUCGUUUAAAAGAAUAUUUUGGUUUUAUUCUAAACAGUAAUGCAUGAUAAAAAGUUCAUAAUUAUCUGUAGAGUGAUUUGACUGAAAAAUGUUAAAAAGAUAUAUUGUAAUUAGUUACUAAAAAUUUUGGAAAAUUCAAUGGAAUUUUUGUCAUCAGUUUUAUUAAUGGACAGCAUUCUUAUUUAUUACUAAACAAUAAAAGCUGAAGUAUUGGUACACAGAGCUGCUCUGCAGGUUAAACAUAACCAUAAAAAAACUCCAUUCAAUUGUCACCUUUAAUGCUUGGGUUUAAAGUUCAAAAGCUGCUGUAGUUUAAACCUGACAAAUUGUUCUUCGUACAGUAUUCAGUCAUGUUAUUAUAUCUUUGAUUAUACACCGCGUGUAUCCGAAAUACCUCAUGUAAUUAUUAUUAUCUUUAAUUUCUUGUAUGUUUGUGAUUGUUGUUAUGCCUAUUUUUCGAGUCAUUUUAUAGUUAGGACAUUUUAAAUUAAGAAUCAAGUGCCUAUAGCAGUUUUGUAGAUGGUUUUUAUUGGAAUUUGGAGCGGUAUUGUCAUGUAAUUCUGUAAAAGUUCACUGUUAAAAUUACUACCGAAGUCGUUUAGAAAAAAGCGAAAAAUAUUUUUCAUUCAAAGUAUUGUAAAACACAUAAUCAAGAAGUACUCUCGCAUUUUGGCGUUCGUGUCUUACUGUAGUAACACAGUAAAUCUUUUAGGGAGAGAAAUCUCUACCGUACCUAUUGCCUCACUCAAAGAACGUACAAUAGAAAGACAUGCAUUUUUUGUGUCUGUCUGUGGCUUUCUCCGUUUCACACAGAAAUUUCGCCAAUGUCCCAUAGUGAGACAAACACGAGAAAAAGUGCUCGGUAGAAACAGAUUAUGAAAGUCUAUAAAUAAAUAACCGAAGAUCUAUUUAUUCAGAUACUUGUGUGUCACAUAGUAACAGAUUAUAUGAGGUUUUUAUACUCACCGAUACCUCUCCGGUUUCUGGCUUGACUUUUUGUUAUCACUGAUAUUGUGACAUUUACCUCACUGAUAGGACCAAUACUGGUAAAAAGUACCAACCGUACCAAGUUGUGUAAAAAGAAAAUUAUUUUGUAAUUUUGUUAACAAGCUCAUGGAACUGUAUUGCCAUGAAAUAAAUCAUAAGUAAACAAUUUUCUUCAAUUAAUUCGUCUCACUUGUCCCGACAUUUUGUUCUAGUGCAAAAAAGUGCCUGUUAAUUAUAAGUCUAAUCUUAAGCUCUAGAUGUUUACAUGAAACUUUUUGAAAUUUUUUCAACGGUAAUCGCACGGGUUUUUUUCAAUAAAAUAAAGCUCUCUAGUUUUUUAUUUGUAAUAAGUUUUGAUACGCUUAUUUGUUCAUAUUAAAUACUAGUACAUAAGUUAUGGACAAUCUUUUAGAACUAUUAUAGUAAUAUAGAACGCUGUAGUAACUACAAACUCUUUUAUCUGAAAACUCAAUUUCUGUUAGUAGUAAUUAGAUCUACUGCAAAUUGUUGACAUCGAAUGUAAGCAAUUUUUUAUCAACAAAAAUGUCAGCUCGCAAUAUAAUAGACUAUAUAAAUUUGACAUUUCUCUAAGAUAACAUACAUCCAACAAUUAUUGUCUUUCCUCUACCACAAUUUGCUUGUUUACUUGCUCAUCUCUUUAAAGCUAAAACAAAACAUGCUUUUUUUAAUUAAAAGUCUGUAUUCUUUACUUUAAGCAUAGUUUUCAAGUUUAACAACUAUUCACAGAUAAACAUGCAAAUAUUUACGUUUUUAAAUUACUUUAAAGCUUAGAUUUAAUGAUUUCAUCAUUCCCAUGAUUUAAAUUAUUCUAUUGAAUAUGUAUUUGUGAGCUUAGUAGUCGAUAACUCGUUUUGUAUAGGAACUCAUUUGACAGUACUUAUGUAAACUGGAAAUACAUAUGAUAUUUACGGUUAAACACAAUACCCUCUCUGCGCGUCGCGCUGCUUGCGUGCGCAGUCGGAUAAAAAGGCAUCAAUACAUGAAAACAAUUUAUAAUAAUAUAUUGUGUUAACCUGUUAAUUAAGUAACAAGAAAAUUGCUCAAGAAUGGCGAUUCUAGGUUGCAUUAUUAUUACGUCAUGAUUUAAAAAUCUAAGUAAUUAUUUAUUAUUUAAAAAAAUGUUUUUUUUUAAUAAUGGUCACUAUAUUCUCUGAGUUUUUAACAUUUUGACUAAUUACAAGCUUAUUAAGUUUCGGACAAACGGUUGCAUACACAGCUGCUUUUUUUUCUCGUGAAUACUAGUAAGGACUUUUUUUUAUUUAGCAUUACUUUUUAAUAAAAACAUUAGUUAUUAAUUACAUAACUAUGUCUUCAUUUAACAACUAUGCAAAUCUUUAGAAUGUUAGCUUUCCUGUUUAGUAAACUGUAUCGAUUUGUAAUUUUUGAAAAUACAUAGACAAGUUCCCAUGGGUUAAAUGCGUCAGAAUUAUGACGACGCAGCCUGAGAAGGAUGCGAAACGUCAGGAAUCGUUGGAACCAUAGAGUUAUAAGAAUAGAGUGGGGAAGGAGGCUCUAAAAGUGUCCGUCUAGUAGAAAGAGAAAGAUGAGAGACCGCUAGCUAUCUCUCUCUCUUGUGACGCAUGGCAUCCAAUGGCAUCACAUCAAAAUAGUAAGAUGCUUACGGUUGCCAAUGCGCAUGCGCGAUUAGAGAGAAAAAGCUAGCGGUCUCUCAUCUUCUUGCUCUUUCUAUUAAAGGGUAGAGUCUAUAUCUCCCCUACUCUAUUCUUAUACCUCUAUGGUUGGAAGUUGUUUUAUUUAAUGAGUGGUGUACGUGAAAACCUAAGAAACAUACAUAGACACCCAGUAAAAUAAUAAAACAAGCACAGGACAGGAAUUAUAACAUGUUUGGGAGAUUACCAUUAGCCCACUGUACGUAUUGCAUACCUAAGUGUACUUACGAGGUAAAUUAGAUGUUAAGUCGCCCGGCAUUGUUUGUGUAUGGUGUAGUGGCAACCCCAAAGAUAUUUCGUACCUUUAUAUUGCCAUAGUCCUGUAAAUAUAAUUUAUUUUUAUUAUGUUGUUUGAGGUUUUAAAUCCCAAUUUAGUCGUUUACUUGUACGGAAUUUCUAAGGUUUUUAGAAAAUUUUUAGAUUAAAUUUGUAUGCAUUUUCUGAGAUACACAAGUGGUGGGUGCCAGUGUAGUCUUAAUAAAAAAAAAAUUAAAAUACAUUUAGCGUCUUAUUUCUCUUCUCAACCGUAUAAAAGGGUCCGUCAAAUGAAAUAGCACAAUUUUAAAACAACAUUUAUUUUUACAUACAUUAAGUCGGAUUCAAAUUGCCUGAAACAUACUGAUUUUUGUACACAUCAGUUAGGUAUAGAUUAUUAUUAAUUUCAUGGACAGUAAAUUAUACAUUUUCCUUUGCACAAAUCUGUGGAGACAAAAAUUAUAAGCGUUCGUUACUUCAUAACCACCUCGCAGUACGCACUACUAUACACAUAAUUAUUAAAAAAUUCAUAUUUUUUUAUUCUUUAGGAAUUUCAUUAAUUAGUUAUAUAUUUUAAAAUUAAAUUUGUUAAAAAUAUAGAUUUUCAGUUAUAUAUUUAAACGUAGGUAUUAAGAGUAAAUACACCGUGACAUUAUUCGCAGUCUGUCGGCAGAAAGGGUACCAUUGGUAGUGCUUCUUCGAUUUAUCAAUUCUAAACAAAGUGUGUUUUGAGCUAAUCUAGAAAAUAUAUAUCUAUUAAAGAAAUCUACCGAAAAAUUGAGAGAAAAAUAUGUAUUUUUUUGUGCCACAAUGUAAAUUAAACUAUGAGCACUAGUUUUAAAUGCCAUCACUUUAAUAUCUACAUCGAGACAGAUCUAAAAGGUAUGCGGACAGCGCGACUCCCUAAGGUAAAAUAUUACCAAAAAAUAUUUGCAGGCCACGUCUGCACUUUGUCGAACGAAAGGGAAACCAUCCUCACAUACGUGUUGUGCGCAAGUACAUUCACUUACCUAAUAUGAAGAUAAUAUUAAAACGAGGAAUUGUUCAAUACUAUUUGGUUAUUGGCAACGGACGUUACAUUACCUACUAAGUCGAGGAUCUGUUCGCAAAACAAAUUACCUUUCUUUUAUUUUUAUACCUAAUCGAAUUCCUGCGCGCCAUGUUAACAUGUCGUCACACGAGUGAUUCGCUCCCGAACGAGUCCAGAGAAAUAUCUAAAGACCUUUAUACGGUCCGUUUACUUGACAUCGACACUGGCAGUAUUUUAUCUAAAUAUCGAAAAACAUAGAAAGUAUGCUAUUAAUCUACUUUAUACAUAUCAUAUGAAUCACUUGUUAUUGCGUUCUCUUAAAUUGUACGAGGAAGGGGGUCGGAUGUGCGAGUUCAUCGUACAAAGCUUUAAAAAAUCGUAAACCUUUGAAGAGUGAUCUAUUCACAAAUCGGAAUGACGUCUAACUACAUAUCAAUUUCUUCAAGUUUUGAUUGUACUGCUGAUAUUGGAAUUUCUUUGAAGUAUCGAGCUAUCUUCAUCCCUAGAAAGAGACAAGCGCUCGUUUCUCCACUUUCAUAGGUAUUUGGUAUGAGAUUCGCGCGAGCAACGGCAUACGGCUCAGAAAUCAAUAUUAAAUUAGUUUAAUUCUUACAAUUAGUUCUACGGCAGAGACAGAUCUCACUCAUUAGCACGAUAUGCAUUGUUUUAGCGAUAUUUUCCGAUACACCUUUUUUGAUAAAGAUUGUUUCUUGAAACUUGAAAGCUUUAUAAAAACCCGUUGGCGCACUAACAAGCGAGAUCCGACCCCAACUCAAAAUCUGAGCAGUUACACUAGAUUGCGUUGAACGAAAGGCAUCAAUACUAGUAUGUACUCCGCUAGUAGAUAAUGGUGAAGGUUAAAAACAAUGUUAUUAGGUGCGGUUAUUAUAAUACAUUCGUUAGAAAUUAGUGAUAAUUUUACCCAUUCACAAAGAACUCAUACAAAACUAAGCUGAAACUUUGUGAAGCUACUUAAGGCGAUACAAGUCGUGUAUAGUUUUUUUUAUGAAAAAUAGUAUUAAAUGUUAAUGUUCUACAGAUAAUUUGUGUGCCUUUGAAUUUAUUGUUGGUGAGCACGCUUAUAUCGUCAAGAAAAACAGGUGGAAACUAUUUAAAACACAAUUUAUGUUGACAAUAUCAUUUACCAAUCCAUUUAUACAUUCUUGUUACCACCUUAACUAACUCUCACCAUUGUUCUAAGGCUCUUAGCUUCAAAGUCGUACACUAUGCGUCACUUUCUAAGACAGUAUGUUCCUUAAGAUUGACCGGCAAAUUUUUGAACUACCCACAACUUUGCCACAAUGUUGCCAGUAAACUGGUGUGAUUUUUAGCUCAAGAGAUGAUAUUGUUCAUAUUAACGUAAUUCAACUUGGAAUGUGACUAUAAUAGCAUGAUUCUAAUAUGGAGUCAUUCAAAAACUAACGGCCAUAUCAAAAUUAUUUGCAUCCGACUGAAAAGUAGUACUGCAGGGAGAAAAGAAACCGUCACAACUUUUAGCAGUCUACAAUUAUUAUUAUUAUAUAUAUAUAUAUAUACUUUUUUGUUACUUUUGCAUUCCAUAUCAAUUGCAAUACACUAGAACUUACUUAAAAUAGCUACCAAAUAGUUUUACUUUUUAAGUUACAUAUACAAUAAGUUUAAGAUGCCAUGUAACCUUUACACAAUGAUUGCUAUAAUGGGCUGACAGGUGAUGUUGAGAGGUCGCCAUGAUAUUGCACUAAAUGUCAAACAAUCCGGCCCGUUAGUGUUACCAUGAAAAUAGUGACAAUAAUUGCCAACUAAAAAAUCCACCUAUGUACACGUCUAAAAUAUUAUAAUAAAAGCUUAUUUAUCAAUAUAUAUUUUAUUACAUUCAAAUCACAAAUGAAUCAAAUAGAUUAUUGCCUUGUAAGCAUGCAUUAUAUAUCUAUGUGUAUUUUGUGCGAAAAAUCUGAUCUUAUUAUUAUGAAGGUGGUACUGAUGCAAAAACUUGAAUAAGGCGACCUCCAAACAGCAAUAUGUAUGAAUAACCAUACCUCUAUUAAAAAUGUAUGUUCGUUCUUUGCCUACUUACAUUCAAAAUGAUACUUAACUAACAGAAAAAAAAAGAAAAAUACAUUUUCAAUAGUUAUAUUUCAAAAAAUAACGAUAGGUGUUAAGAUUAGAAAGCAAAAAAAUAGCGAUUUGUUAUAUUACAAGAUAGGAAGGAAUUCUCAGUUUUUCUCAGUGUUAUCCUAAACACGAUAUAUAUAUUCUUCACUAUGGUAACAUUAGGUUAUGGUGUUUCCGCUGGCAACACUUCAUUAUGGCACAUUACAUAAAACCCAGCAUAAAACAUUCUUAUAUUAAGGACCAUUAUGGAUAAAGCUAAAAAAUUAAUAACAAUUCAUAGAUUUUUCUGGAAGAAAAAAAUACUAUUUAGAUUUAUAUAAUUUUCUAUGUAUAAUAAUAAUUCUAUGAUGAACAGAUGCCUUUGAUAGUGAUAUUUUUUUUAAUACAAAUAUAUGUUUACAUUAAUACACACCUGUCCAAUGUAUAAAGAAAUUUCACUGUAAAUAGAAAAAUCAGAUUCAUUUUUUAAACUAAUAAAAGGGAAAUAUAUUUUUUUAUUUAUUUUUUCAUAAUAAUUACGAAUACACUAGUAGCGUAAGGGUAAGUACAUAACCAAUUUUAUAAAUAAUUAUAUUAUUAUUUCCAUUAAGAAUUACGUUAAUGUGUCUCUGUUAGUAACACUUUGUACUUAGGGGCUAUAACUUGUGUCCAACUUAAAAACGAAAAAAAAAAGAAAAAUUAACAACUAUUAUACGCAAUUAUAUAUUUGAAACAUUCAAAUCAAAAUACUGCUUAGCGAUAUUCGUCUCGCCGUAUCAGAUACGGCCUGUUAACAUCCUGACUCUUUGGACCUUAUAUUUAUACUAAAAGCUCUUGUAUAUUAUAUUAUAUAUAAAAAAUAUUUAAAUAACCUAAGUUAAAUCUAAUACGCAAAGCUCUCGCCUUUUGCAAUAUUUUAGAUUUUAGUCAACAAAAAUCGUGCUAAGAAUUAUUCAAUAGCUGCUAGAAGUCAAUGUGUAAAACAAAAUUAUACAUAAAAUUAUAACAUUCAAUGGAAGACAUAAAAUUCAUAACACUAAAAUUAACUUAAAACGAAACAUUAAAGUGACAAGAUUGCAUUCAUCCAAAAAUUGUAUAAGAAAACAAAAGUAUAUAAAUGAUACAUGGUGUGAUAUAUAUUAUGAACAUAAAAAAAUACUCAUAAAUACAAACGAGCGUUAGUCUCUAUUUCGAUCAUAAAUUGACGUUCACAAAAGCUAUACAAAUGUAGAACCCGCGACAUCAAACGCUGACAUUAAUUUACUUGCGUUAAAUAAGUUAACAAAAAUAAAAUUUGGUCUAAUUUGAGCAUAAAGUGCGAGCGUCGUGUGUUGUCAUAACAAAAAUCUACAUUGGAAGGUUAGCUCAAGUGAUCAUUGUAACGAGGAUACAAGGUAUGAAUGGCCUUGGUCUACAGUUGUUUUGCCAUCCGAUGAUCCUUAAUAUAAACAAUGGCAUCGUGACAAGUUUUGUUUUCAAUGCUAAAACUGUGUAGUAGUAAGAAGCUGUGUAUAUCGUUAUCAAGAUUUAAAGAAAAAAUAAAUAUUACAUCUGAGAUAAGAAAUUAUUAUUACCGAAGUCGCGGUGAAACUCAAGACCACCUUUGUGCAAUCAGUCGAUAGUAAGGGACGAGCAAUUUUAAAGGUUAUUCCUAUGGCCAAAUUCGUCAUUAGAUUAGCAUCCAUUGAAAGGAAAAGCUGCAAUAUUUCAGAUAUUUCGUUCAAACUUUAAGGCUUUGGGCCUCCUACCCCCUCAAAGCUAUUCACAAGGCUUCGCUUCCUAGUGAAGAUUAACCCACCGAGUUUCGUUCGCAACAAGAAAUUGCAAACUGGCAGUCGUUAAACAUUCAACCACAAACCAUAGUCAACCAUAAACAAAUUUAAUUUUCUUUGCUAAGUCUCGACCAGUAAGAGCCAUUAUACGCACAUUUACAUUAACGCUUUACAUUUAAUUAAAGACGCGACGCGUACUUUUCGUUUCAAUAAACAACUAACCGACUCGCGUUUGCACUAACCGAUACAUGUCAAACGCACCGUCACAACCUAUCGAUACAAUUCGAUAUCGACAACCGCAAUAACGGCACAUCACUAUGGAAUGAGUUGUAUUCGAAAUGACGCAAUCGUGUUUUCCUUUAUCCUUCACAAUUUAACCUAGCACCUGUAUAAAUAAUUCCUUUGGCUAUAAAUAUAAAUAGGGACUUUAAAUUAAUAAUAAUAAUAAUAUUUAAAAAAAAACAAAAAUCAAUAACAAGUUCUAAUAAAGGCACCAAUUUUUUUAAUAAUAACAGACACGGAGCAAUGCUUAUUGGCCGCCAAAUAACUUAUUAGUGAGGUAAUUUUUUUAGACGAGUGGUUGCCAGUAUCGGUAAAGGCGAACGUUCGGAAACACCAUUAGAACGAUGCAAGAUCAGUUGAAAGGUGCCGUUUGGAUUUAUACGGGAAUAGUUCAAAAAAAGUUGUCGAGGACACAACUUUAUGAUAAACGAAAAGGUAUAUUUGUGCUACAAUAAAACUGCGUUAAAGAAUAAAUUAGGUAUAGAAUUUUACAACGAACUUUCCCGUUUCUAGAUACAAUCUGCACAUUUCCACUAAUGAUAGAAUCACAGCGACGGCGAUGCCUCACAAUUGAGGGUGACUAUGUACUGAUUAAAGGGGUGAAAAAGUCUAACACCAAUGUUUAUUUUUCGUUGAUAUUUUCAAACAAAUUCAUGGAACACGUAAGAGAUAGCAGUAAAAUUAUAACGAAGAGUUAUCAUUUCCUUCAGAGUCCAUAGAGGCGAAAAUUGCUUACGCUAUCUCUCAUUCUUUUAUACAGUUUCCUCCCAUUAUCACGAAUAAACACAAGCUAUAAUCAAACUUAAAGUGUUUAGUUGGAGGCAACGGUAGAACACCGUUUGAGUUAUCCGCUCAGAAGUUACACACACACUCAAUAUCACUCUUACAGAAUAACAACUUCUAUAACCUAUAAUAAAUUACUUUCCGCGACUCGCAACUAACUUCCGAGUUUACUCAAAUGGCAAGUUUUCAAAUAAAGGGAUAUCGUCAGGAUCAUGGAUAUUUAUAGAAAUUAGUUAGGAAUUAUUUAAUGAAUAGGAAAGAAAUUGGAAAGAGCAUAAAAAAAAUUACAAUACAAGUAUAAAUUUAUACUUUGCAAUGUCACUUUCCUAUUGAUUGUCAUAUAAGUAGAGAACGUAAAGUAAAUGCCACAUUCAUGAAUACAAGCUGACGUUUUUAUUGCUUGGAAAUAGGAGCUAUAUUCGGACAAAUGAGUCUAUCCUUUUUGUAAGUUUGUGAGCGAAUACUUUACUUCUUUGGAUCUGCAUUUAUGAUGUAGUUUCGACAUGGAAUUACUGGCACAGUUAAAACACAAAAGUAGUGAAAAGUAGAAAAUAGCUUCAACCUAAUCUUGAUAAUGGGAGGAAAUCACAAAAAUCUGUCGAGAUUUAGCGCAAACGAUUACAGUUCUAAAGGUUUUUUGACGUAACAGUAAUUUCUAUCGUGGGUAAUUCAAUUGCAAUUAGUGAACAUGAAAAUGAAAAACUAAUCGUCUGAAAGUCAAAACAUUAUUGAACCUAAACACUUUAAGAAUAAGGUAGAAUUUGGUUAACAAAAACAAUGAAAUCCAUGAACGUACGUAAACAGUAAAAAUUAACAUUGUAGCGUAUUUACAAAAUGAAAUAGGAACAAACAUUGAUAUUAGACGUCCGUACCCGUUUGUUAAGAGAUUGCGUACGACACGCGACAUGUUGUUGCAUGUCGCGUGCAAUGACAUGUCACGACAUGUAGACGACAUGUACUUGUUCGCUGCGGGUGUUGAUGUGCCGAGUUUGUUGUACGCCGGUGAUUCGACGUUAGUUGCUUUGCGCUCCUCUUGACUUAUAUCUGCAAUAAAGAAUAAAUAUUGAUGAAAAGAAGUUUCUUUUUAAAUUAAUAGAUUGAAGGAAAAAAUCCAUGCGGACCAGGCUGCAGACGGGACUCUAACCCGCACCCUUCGCUAUCCAGGCGAAUGCACUGUCCAUUAUGCUGCCGCAGCCCUGAUAUCCGGGUCGAAUUUUAACUAUCUUUAAUACUUGUAAAGGUAUUCAUUUGACGUUGUGAGUUACCAACAAUGUUAGGAGAUAGCGCUGCCUUGCAAUCUAAGAAAGGCUAGAGAAAAUUCGACACGGCCAUCAGGGCCACAGUAGCAUAAUGGUCAGUGCAUUCACCCGGAUAGCGAAAGGGCGCGGGUACGAUCUACGUCUUGUCUGCUGCCUGAUCUGCGUGGAUUUUUGUCUAGUAAAAUUUUCUUUUGAUUUAAAAAUGUAGCAGUUAAAUACAUAAAAAAUAAAAUAGAUUUUAGUUACACAUUUACCAGAAAAAUACAAUCAAUGUAGGCACCUCUGAAAAAUUUUAUGAAAAUUUUUCAGAGCUGCCAAAUUUCGUAAGAACUAUGAGUGACUGAGUGAAUGAUGAGUGCGUGAGUGAGUGGGUAAACGAUGUGUGAGGGAAUGAACGACGAGUGUGUGAGUGAACGAUGAGCGAGUGAGUGAAUAAACGAUGUGCGAGUGAGUAAAUGGUAUAUGUCUCACCGCGUUAGAGCAGCUCGUACUGGCGCAGGUGCAUGCGCUGAAUGAUGUCGCGGCAGUCGUUGAACACGCGCUUUAUGUUCUCGGUGUCGACGGCGCACGUGAAGUGCGGGUAGCAGUAGUGUUUGCCGUCACCACUCGCCGUGCUUAUACGCUGCGAAAAAACACAUACUUUUGUUGAAUACAUUGAAGAAAAAACAUGAUAAUUUAUCGAAAUAUAUUGGUGGUUUUAAUAUAUUAAAAUUCGCAUCCUGAGAUCAAAGCAAAAAUUUUUGACAACAUUGUAACGUAUCGAACCUUCAAAGUUUCUAUGAAAACUAAGCAGCGCCCUUGUCGGAUGUAGGAACAAAUAGUUUGUUUUCCAUUCCGUUUUCCAUAUAAAAUUUGACGAUGUCGAUACGUUACGCAGCUGUCAAAAAUUACAAUACAAAACACCACCCGAUGCUUGAAUACAUUUUGGCGAUAUGGAGAAGUUUCACUAAAUGAGUUGACGCCAUUUUAAAGAGUUUAGUUCCAUAAAGUAAUGCCGGCUGUAGUUCGGUGACGUCUGGUAUACUGACUACAAUAACCCUUAGUAUGAACCAAUAUCAAAUUCGAAUAAUUACUUUAAUUCGAUCUCGAUACGCAUCAAAUGUCAAUAAGUUUUAUAUGGAAGAUUUUUAAUUCUCGUUAAAAAAUCGCGUCCGUUGUGACGCUUUUCAAAUUUCAAUACAAAACUUCUUGACAUUUGACGCGUAUCGAGAUCGAAUUCGAUAUUGGUUCGUGCCAAGUGAACUGUUCAUUGCGCAAUCGUAAAUACAAUCCGGCUCGAAGGCCCAUUAUAGAACGCGUCCCAUAGUGCGAGAAUUUCGCGGAAAAUCGGUUAACAGUCGGAUUUACUUCAAAUUUGGACCGAAUAUUAUUAAGAAGUCGGGUCAACAUAUGGGCUAAAUAUUAUAUUGUUUUUAACUUUCAUGGUCACUAACAUUAUAGUACUAUAAGUUAUUUACGGGAUUGUUACCAUGUACCUUGUUUUUAGCGAGUUUCCGAUAUUUCGGCACUGUUGCAAGAGCCAUGAUCACGGAGUAACUGAAGUAAUUGCGGGUACGCUGUUAUUGGCAGACAUAUCGGUCUACCCUCCGACGAAGUCUUUUAUUGCGUUCGAUACCCGUACCAUUGUUCACAUUCUCACUAUUCACUCGAAACUGUUCUCGACACACAACACUUACAGUAUCGGAUCGCGACACGACACUUUUUUGAUUAUUUCCGGUUUUACACAUACGAACCACAGGAUUCCAGACACUCGACAAUUUAAACCCGUCCUCACGAUUGAAAUUUUUAUGUUUUGUUAUUUCAAUCGCUUCCCUGACCAAUCUUGGUAUGUAGUGGCGUUCUGUCGAGAUAAUCUGUGGGUUAUGAAACUCAAUCCAGUGGUUAGGACCAGAAUCAAUCAAAUGUUCCGCGAUGGCUGAUUUCUGCGUAUCGUUGUUCUUGAUUGCUUUUAUGUGUUCCCUCAUUCGGCAUGAUACUGUUCGCUUUGUUUGGCCAAUGUACGAACUGUCACAGCUGCAAUCGAUCUUAUAGACACCAGGUUUCUCCAAGGAGAAGUUGUCUUUAGGAUACCGUAGGUAUUGUGAAACCUUUAGCACAGGAGUGAAGACAGUGUUUAGUGAGUACUUAUUCAGUAUGUUUGAGAUCUUGUCAGUCACUCCUUUGACGUAUGGCAAAUAAAUAGGUUGUCUGUCUACUCUGUGUCUCUGGUGUCUUAGUUUGUGUCUAGAUGGAAAAUAUCCCUGGUAUCCAUUACUCUGUAAGACUCGUCGUACAUGCUCCAACUCUUCUUGAAGAUGUUCCUCAUCACACAGGUCAUAUGCACGGUUCGUCAGUGAAGUCACUACAGAGUUAAGAUGUUUAGGGUGGUGAUGCGAGGAGGUGUUGAGAUAGCGGUCAGUGUGUGUUGAUUUGCGGUAAAUGCAAUGACCAAGCGAACCGUCAUUCCUCACCCGAAUCUUCACAUCCAGAAAGGCCAGACUUCUGUCUUCUUCCAUCUCAUAGGUAAAGUUGAUUUUAGAAUGGAUACCAUUUAAAUUUGCCAAGUGAGACUCGACAUCAUGUUUGUUACCUCUUAAUAUACAGAAUACGUCAUCGAAAUAUCGGAAACUCGCUAAAAACAAGGUACAUGGUAACAAUCCCGUAAAUAACUUAUAUUAAUAUAGGGCUAAAUAUUAUCACGCUAUCACCAACGGGGAACGAGCAGUGAACUUUUUUUUGUAACUGAAUCCACGCGUACAAAGUCGCGGGCGGCCGCUAGUGGUGUAUAUAAAGUGAUCCACUUACGAGCAACUCGUCCCGUAUGAAAUUCUUACUUGGCGCGUACCCCUUUGAAUGGUCUCUGGCGUCUGGUAGCGUACUACCAAUGUGAUGUGAAACGCGUGUGAUGUGAUUAUGAUAUCAAUCCAGUGUUUUUCCGUGAACGCAACAUUUUUCAUUGUCCUAUUGGUCGUAGCGGGAUGUUAUAUGGCCUAUAGUCAUCCUCGAUAAAUGGACUAUCUAACACAGAAAGAUUUUUCGAUUUCUAAGCAGUAGUUCCCGAGAAAUCCUAAGAUUAGCGCGUUCAAACCAACUCUUCAGCCAGUACAGUUUUUUUUAUGUUUAAUAGGCAAGGCGUUUGACCAAAAUCUCGCCUGAUGGAAAGCGAUGAUGAGGCCUAGGAUGGUACACGCCUACUUAGAAGAUGCCUGUUCACUCUGGCCUUGAAGAUGACCAGAUUAUAUUGGUCCGGGAAAACAGAUCUCGGUAAGGAGUUCCACUCCCUAGCCGUUCGCAUAAUGAAAGCGGAAGAAAAUCGCUUCGUG